AUGGUAGAAAAUAAACCUUCCGCUGAAUGGAAUAAAGGAGAAAAGUAAGUUCGGCAAGAUCUUUGCUUUAUUCAUCUUUUAGAGUACCGUAUUUAGCACUGGCAAGAACUCUGAAGAAGAUUGAAGAAACGUCUUCCAGACUUGAAAUAAUAAGUAUACUAUCCAAAUUUUUUGCCAGUGUAAUCAAGACAACACCAGCUGAUCUACCUCCUUGUGUUUAUCUUUGUAUAAACCAGUUGGGUCCGUCAUAUGAAGGAUCGGAAUUAGGUGUAGCUGAAGGAAUCUUGAUGAAAGCUUUGGCUCAGGCGACUGGCAGGAAGGUUGACAAGAUUAAAGCGGAUAUGGUGGCUAAAGGGGAUCUUGGAUUGGUAGCCGAAUCCAGUCGGUCUAGUCAAACUAUGCUUGGAUUUGCAAAGCCGAAACCUUUAACUGUUUCUGACGUUUUCAGGAAAUUGAGGGACGUUGCAAAUUUGUCAGGAAAUAAUGUAAGUUUAGAUUUAGAUUUUUUCAUUCAUUUAGUCCCAAGAUCGAAAGAUUAAAGCAAUUCAAGGACUUUUGGUUCCUUGCAAGGAAUGUGAAGCUAGGUUCUUAAUACGAGGUCUUAGUGGGAAGUUGAGAAUUGGGCUGGCUGAGCAAUCAUUGAUUGUGGCUCUGUCCAAUGCGUUCACGGAUGUUGAACUGGAGAAUGCCGAGAAGAAAAUGGCUGCAGACAAGCUGAAGGAAAAGAAAGCAGCCGAUGCCUUGAUUCUGAAGACAGCUUAUUGGUGAGACAAUUUCUUCUGUGUCAUAUGUUGGUUUAGUGAAUGUCCCAACUUUGGUAAGAUUAUCUCCACUGUUCUCGAAUAUGGAAUCUCCCAACUUCCCGAGCAUGUUACAAUUGUUCCCGGGAUACCAAUGAAACCGAUGUUGGCUCAUCCUACAACGGGUGUCGCUGAGGUUAUGAAGCGAUUUGGAACGGCUCAGUUUGCUUGUGAAUGGAAAUAUGACGGGGAAAGAUGUCAACUACAUCGUUGCAAAGACGGGGCCAUGAAGAUAUACAGCAGAAACAUGGAGAAUAACACCGAAAAGUAUCCAGAUGUAAUCAAAAAGAUACCUGAUGUUCUUGUAGAUCCCAAUACCGAAUUCAUUGCUGAUGGAGAGGUAGUGGCUUGGGAUGUGACCAGAAAAACAAUAUUACCUUUCCAGCAAUUGAGUACUAGAAAACGAAAGGUUCGUUUUGUCCUUUACUAUUUACGAUUUUGUUUUUAAGAUUGAUGCCGAUUCAGAAAUCAAAAUCCAAGUUUGUAUAUUCUUAUUCGACCUUUUGUAUUUAAAUGGAGAAUCCUUAGUGAGAAGACCAUUCCGAGAACGGAGAGAUCUUUUAAAGAAGACAUUCAAAGAAGUUGAGGGAAAUGUGAUGUUUGCGACAUUCCUGGAUACAGAAGACACUGAUGAGAUUGCACAAUUCCUUGAAGAUGCUGUUAAGGGAAAUUGUGAAGGGCUGAUGGUAAAGGCGCUUGAUGAGAAUGCUAAUUAUGAAAUUGCCAAGAGGUCUCACAGCUGGCUGAAAUUAAAGAAGGAUUACUUGGAAGGGGUUGGAGAUACCCUCGAUCUGGUUGUGAUUGGAGGAUAUUGUGGCGCCGGAAAGAGGACAGCCGUUUAUGGUGGAUACCUUUUGGCCUGCUACAAUCCAGACUUCGAGGAAUAUCAGACCAUUUGCAAGGUAAGGAUAUUAGAAAAGCCUUCAAUAAAAAUAUAUUUAGAUUGGAACUGGCUUUUCCGACGAAGAUUUGAAGACUCAAUAUCAAUAUCUCCAAGAGGUCCGAGUGGAAAAACCGUCGACCAACAUAAGGUUCGAUUCCUGGCUCCAGCCGGAUCAUUGGUUUGAACCGAAAUACGUAUGGGAAGUCAAGGCAGCCGAUCUUUCCAUCUCUCCCAGACAUACAGCAGCUAUCGGAAUGGUGGAUAAGGAGAAGGGCAUCUCCUUGAGAUUCCCUCGGUAUAUACGUCUUAGAGACGACAAAAGUCCCGAAGAUGCAACCAGUGCUGAGCAAGUGGCCGAGAUGUAUAAGAGCCAACAAAUUAUUCAGAAUCAGAAGAAACAGGAGGGGAUGGAGGAAGACGAGGAGGAGGUCAUGGAGGAAUAA